CUAUAAUAAAAAUGUGGCGAUGUCUGUUUAUAAUUAUUCUAAUAGUUAUCGUAAUUGGAAUUAUAUUGAUUUCGAUUAAUCCUUUAAAAUCAUCAUCAAUUCCUUUAAAUGGAUGUCUACAUAAAGAUUUUGGAAACGGAGCAACCGUAUGCGUCUGUAACGAAAAUCAUUGUGAUACCAUUUCAAGAGUAUCCAAAAUUGAUUCUUCUCGAUACAUGGUGUUCACAUCGAACAAAUAUGGACUUAGAUUUGACAAACAGAUAAAGUAUUUCGAGAACCGAACGGAUUCUUCAUUGCUGGAGGACGUUUGCGAACAGGAAGCCAUAAAUUGCGUCGCAAUCAAUGGAACCGAUAGAGUGUUGGUAGUCGACAAGGCCGAAGAAGUUAGAAAGAUAAUUAUAGAUCGUGAAAAAAUGUUCCAGAAAAUUUUCGGUUGGGGCGGAAGUUUUACGGACGCCGCCGGCGUUAACGUCAACUCCCUAAGCCGGAAUUUGCAGAAUAAGUUAAUGAGGUCUUAUUUCUCUGAAGAUGGUCUUGAAUAUAAUUUAGGCAGAGUACCGAUUGGUGCAAGUGACUUUUCUCUUCGACCAUACACGUACGAGGACACCGAAGAUGAUGAUCCUAAUUGCGAAGAUCCUGAACUAACAAAAUUUAAAUUAGCUGAGGAAGAUUACAAAUAUAAGUUACCCAUCAUUCAAGAAGCUCAGAAACUAUCAUCCAAUCACUUAAGAUUAAUAGCUUCUCCUUGGUCAGCUCCAAAAUGGAUGAAAGAAUCUAAACGAUACUAUGGAACGGUUGGAUAUUUGAAAAAACGCUUUUAUCAAUCGUGGGCGAAUUAUUUUAUCAAAUUUUUAGAGGCAUAUAAAAGAGAAAAUGUUACUAUUUGGGGCCUUACUCCAGGCAAUGAACCGUUUCUUGCUAUGGGUCAGUUUUCUGUUCCUGGAAUGGUAUAUACGGUGGAACAAAUGAGAGACUUUAUACAUUAUCAUUUGGGACCGACUCUGAGGAAUUCUGAAUUUUCUAAUGUUAUGUUAAUGGCCAUAGACGAUUUGAGACCCAUUCUAGCACAUUCAUAUGAUAAGAUUUUCGCGGAAAAAGAAGUUUUGAAAUAUAUUGAUGGAAUUUCUUUGCACUGGUAUUAUGGAAACGAAGAAAAUGCCCAUAUAUUAGAAGAUUUUCAUAAUAAAUAUCCCGAUAAAUUAAUUUUAUACACUGAAGCUUGCAAUGGUUACAUUGCAAACAACAUUCUAUUGGGUUCUUGGGAACGAGGAGAAGACUAUGCCGCAGACAUUAUACAGGAUAUGAAUCAUUGGGUUAUCGGCUGGAUAGACUGGAACCUAGCGUUAGAUCUUAAAGGAGGACCAAACGUUUUCAAAAACUAUGUUGACGCUUCCAUAAUUGUCAAUGCUGAUAAAGAUGAAUUUUAUAAACAACCCAUGUACUACGCUAUCGGCCAUUUCGCCAAAUUCGUUCCAAGAGAUUCAUUGAGGAUAUAUUCGACCCAAUGUGGAACUGAUGUAUCACAGGUUGCGUUCAUAAAGCCCGAUGGUGGAAUAGUGAUUGUUAUAUUAAAUAAAACAGACAAAAUUAAAAAACGAUACAUACUGGAUUCGAAACGGGGAAAAAUUGAAUUAGAACUAAGUCCACGUUCAAUUUCAACGAUUUUGUAUUGGUAGAAUUUGUAUAAUUUUACGAUUUAAAAUAUUUGUACACAUUUUGUUAAUAAAUUUAUUGUUUUUA